AUGGCUGAGUGUAAAUUUAGUGCAAAACACGACACAAGCAGCCCACCAGCCGGAUACGGAAGAAAAUGGUGUCCGCGACGAGAGUGGUCGUCGCCUCCCGAUGCCCGAGCAGCCUCUGAUGCUGCACGAAGAGGCGUCCUCUACUCUUCCGUCUUCCUCGGUAGCCCUGGCGAUGCCAGCAACGCCAGCAUUGGCAGUGGCGAAGGGACAGGCGAGGAAGACGAUGACACAAACGGAAAAAAGAAUCAAAAAAAGCGGGGGAUCUUUCCCAAAGUUGCAACCAACAUCUUGAGAGCGUGGCUCUUCCAACAUCUUACGCACCCCUAUCCCUCGGAAGACCAGAAAAAGCAAUUGGCGCAAGACACUGGCCUUACGAUAUUACAAGUUAACAACUGGUUUAUCAACGCCAGACGGAGGAUAGUGCAACCUAUGAUUGACCAGUCGAAUAGAGCAGUGUUUUCACCUCAUGCAGGUCCGAGCGGAGCCUACAGUCCCGAUGCAACAAUGGGUUACAUGAUGGAUGGACAGCAAAUGAUGCAUCGGCCGCCCGGCGAUCCCGCUUUCCACAACCAGUACGCACAUUAUCCCGCUGAAUACUACGGACAUCAUCUGUGAGGUCUCCCCUCUUGUGUCACAACGACAAUGGACAUAGAAAUAUGCGACUCUUAAAUGUGAUUAUUCUCUGUACAAAGUGUAAAUGUAGUGCCCCAGUGUUUUAGUAAAACGGGAAGGACUUGUACAAAAAGUAUUAGACUCUUUACGUGUGCUGACUGCUGUACAUAGAAAAUGGUGAAUAAUGGGGUGUACCCCGGAGUGGCGCACCCCUCGUGCGAGUAUACUGCACCGACAGUAAGCAAAAUUAUUAAUUAAUUAAGAAUAAUGGACGCAAACGUGUAAAGUGAUGUGGUCUCGUAGCUUAGGUUCCUCAUCGAUAUGUGUUACCUACAAAAUGCCCUCGUCCUAGUUCCGAAAAAUUGCUCCCCUUGUCCCCCAUGUUCCCCCAAAAUGAAAUACAAACGAUCAGCCGCUAAUCCCAACACCACCCUGCCCCCCACCCCCCAAAAAAUAAUCUCUAUACAAGAUACACAUGCAUACGUCUGUUUCAUGAGACUAAAUCGACUCGGUAUAAUAGAAAUCUCACAUAAGCAGAUUUUAGGUAAAUUAGACAAUGUUCUAUUGCUAGUUGUGACAGUACAAAUUUAAACUAUUUUUUGUUUUCGAAAGUGAAGAUGACGUUUACGUGUAGGUGUUACACCAAAAUCAUCUGCGAGUGGCUUAAGUAAGUAAAAUUGAUCGUCUUGUCGGAUUAAUGUUGUACUUGGAACGAAGUAGACGUAUAGGCGUAUGUGUAUCUUGGCUUUAUUCUCUAUUCACUCCGCAGUCACGUUUCUUAAAAAAAAUUCAAAAAGUACGACGCGUACGAAAAAAUAAAAUUUCAAGGUUGUGCUGUUGUAAAAUACUAGUUGUUAUCUGUUGUGAUUUUUUUGCUAUUUGAGACAAACUAAAAAAAAAAAAAGAACCCGAAUUCUCCCUGUCCCGAUGAUGAUAUACGAUACGAUAUACGUAACUACUGAACCUAGAGAAGAAAUAAAAUCUUUUUAAACCAGCUAGAGUGCCUGUCUACUCUAUGCUACGAACUAGGAUAAAAUAUCAAUACACAAGUAUACAGAAUGUCGCAAGUCACUCAGGUGGUCCAUGGCUGAACCCAUAAAAGUUAUAUCGUACCACUUACAUUAUAAUAUAGAUUAUUAUAUACUAUUACUAUCUUUAUACUUGUGUUGUUAAUGUAAAAUGUGCAUAUUCUGACAUCCGAACGCUAUAUGCAAUGGAAGCUCUACGAUUAAGUCCAAAUUAGUUUGAAACUUGUCACUUUUCAUGUAGCGGGUACCUUCAUGUCACAUUGACCGUUUUGGAUCAAUUUUUAAAAAGUGCAACCGUAUGGAAAUAAGAAAAAAAAUUAAGUAAUUGUGCCUGUGGCUUUAGAUGUUAGAAGAUGCGCCCAAUAUUAUUUCUAAUCUAUCACGAUGAUUUUGAUGUAUACCGUAUAAUUGUUUGAUUGCUAGGAAUGUAGGGGGCCACCAAUUGGUCCCAGCGUUUUCGUGAAGCCUUUCUGGGGGCUUGUUGUUAAUGUUACUUAGAACUGAUGCGCCGCCCAGUUGGUGCGCCCCCCUCGGCGAACACUCUUCCAACUACCAGCCGUGUGUGCGCUCAGAACACAACGUAUACGAUUUUAGUGAUGUUUAUAGGUUAUUAUUAAUUAUUAAAAAUUAUGGCGUACACAAUGCUGAGCCGCGCCGGCCGUAGAUGGGUGAAUGGGCCUUGUGUAUUUCAAUUGUUUAUGUAUUCGUCGUUACCUUUGUUAGAUAGGCUGGAAUGGACGGGGGUUUUGUUGUAUACUGUAUACCAUUUACACAAAACUCUGAUUUAUAGUUUUUGAUCUAAUGUACUCAAGUGUAUGUAAAUAUUGUAUUAAGUAUAUUUAUGCCUAAGCUGUUCUGUAUACCGAGAUGCCCCGCCAAUUCGGGGCCGCCGCCCCCCGUCACUUUUAGCCCACUGUUUUUUGUAUAUACAAUUACCUCCGAUGAGAAUGUUGGCUGUUCGUUUCACGUGAUUUCCAUCAUAAAAUCAUUAAUCGCCUUAUCCAAUGUAUACGAAAAAAAUCAAUACAGAUCAAUGAGAGAAUAUCGUACCUCUGUGUUAUGUAUGAGAGGAAACUUUAUUGUGUUCUGCUUUUUAAUGAAAGUAUAUAUUAAUAUUAUGGGACGAGAUACCUCUAAACUAAUUUGGUAACGCCGUGUCCUCUGUAUAGUGUUUUUUUUUGAAACGUGAGCAUUAAAUGCCUCAUCUUGUGUACUUAUCUAAA